UCUUUGCACCAUUCUUUCCACAGGGAGCUGAUAUUUGAGGAACCAUUUUCUUUAGUUCAAGAAAAAUAUGAUGUAUCUCUCUCAAGCAUCACUCUUGUUCUUAAAUGUAUGUAUUUUCAUUUGUGGAGAAGCUGUACAAGGUAUCUGUGUUCAUCAUUCUACGGACUCUCUCACAGGCAACAAUGUGGAAGACAACGCUAGUCUCAAAGAUGAAAGCCAAACUGUGUACAAGGAAGUCUGCCAGGAGUCGCGCGAUGCUAAGACCAGAGCACCUCGAGAAGAAAAACAUUUUAUGUGCAGAAACCUGCAAAAUUCUAUUGUUUCCUACACAAGAAGUACCAAAAAAUUGCUGAGAGAUAUAAUGGGUGAGCAGCAAGCGUCUCUGGAUUAUUUAUCUAGCCAGGUUAAUGAACUCAUGAAUCGAAUUCUCCUUCUGACUACAGAAGUCUUUAGAAAACAGCUGGCUCCUUUUCCUUCCCGGCCCGUUCAGUCACAUGGUUUGGAUUGCACUGAUAUUAAAGAUUCAAUUGGCUCUGUCACCAAAACCCCUAGUGGUUUAUAUGUAAUCUUUCCAGAAGGAUCUAGCUAUCCAUUUGAGGUAAUAUGUGACAUGGAUUUCAGAGGGGGAGGAUGGACGGUGCUUCAGAAAAGGAUCGGAGGGACAGUUGACUUCCAGAGGCCGUGGUGUGAUUACCUGGAUGGAUUUGGAGAUCUUUUAGGAGAAUUUUGGCUAGGACUGAAAAAGAUUUUUUACAUAGUAAACCAGAAAGAUUCCAGUUUUAUGCUUCACGUGGCCCUGGAGUCUGAAGAUGACACCUUGGCUUAUGCUUCAUAUGAUAAUUUUUGGCUAGAGGAUGAAAUGCGAUUUUUUAAAAUACACUUAGGACGAUAUUCAGGAAAUGCUGGUGAUGCAUUCCGGGGCUUCGGAGAAGACGAUAACCAGGAUGCCAUGCCCUUCAGCACCUCAGAUGUUGUUAACGAUGGGUGCCGCCCUGCUUGCCUACUCAACAGUCAGUCAGUGAAGAGCUGCAGUCACCUCCACAGCAACACUGGCUGGUGGUUCAACCGGUGUGGUCUCGCCAACCUGAAUGGCGUCCAUCACAACCGUGGAAAACUGCAUGCGGCUGGAGUUCAGUGGGGCACAUGGACCAAAAACAACUCAGCUGUCAAGAUCAAAUCUGUUUCAAUGAAGAUUAGAAGAACUUACAACCCAUAUUUUAAGUAAUCAUUUUAAAGUGUAGCACAAUUUCCGUAGUUAUUUUUGAAACCGUGAAAUUUUUUUACGUAGUUUCUUACUUAGGAUUUUGCAUACCAGCUAAAAAUUGAUCAUAGAUGGCAUGUUAGUGUAAACCAGCUUUGUAGCACCUGUGACAGCAAUCAUGGUACAUCAUGAUAUGCUUUCUUUGCUAUGUCCACACUAUGUGAUUGUUUGCAAGACACAUACUGUUUUUAAAAGAAUCUUCAUAGUAAGUUGUUAGGAAAACUGAGGAGAGAAUCUUACGUACUUUUGUACUUGUUUGCUUACUUACAUAAUUUACAGAUAGUUUCUCCUGAAGACAGUUACAAGGAGUAAGAUACGAGGAUUGAUAUGUGAACACCACACGGUCAAUAAUUUUGCCAAGUGAUACCACAGUACUUUUUUUCUUUUUCUGUUUUUUUGUUUAAAUUAGAAACAAGCUUGCUUCACAUGUCAAUCCCAGCUCCCUUUCCAUCCCAUCCUCACCCGCCCCUACCAACCCCCUAGUUCCCCACCCCAACCUUCCACCCCUCCCCAGUGGGGGUGAGGCCCUCCAUUGGGGUUCUCCAAAGUCUGUCAUAUCAUCUAGGGCAGGGCCUAGGCCUUCCCCCAUGUGACCAGGCUGAGAGAGCAUCCCUUGAUGUAGAAUGGGCUCCCAAA